AUGUCUGGGCGCCCUAAAAUCCUUAUUCCUUCUCUGCAGCAAAUCACAAGCAAUCCUCACUUCAUUGUGAACGGGAUCAGUCCAACAGACAUCUGCCAAGGCGUACUUGGGGACUGCUGGCUGCUGGCUGCCAUUGGCUCCCUUACCACGUGCCCCAAACUGCUGUACCGUGUGGUACCCAGGGGGCAGAGCUUCAGGAAGAACUACGCUGGCAUUUUCCAUUUUCAGAUUUGGCAGUUUGGGCAGUGGGUGGACGUGGUGGUGGACGACCGGCUGCCCACCAAGAACGGCAAGCUGGUGUUCGUGCAUUCCGCUGAGCGCACUGAGUUCUGGAGUGCCCUGCUGGAGAAGGCAUAUGCCAAGCUGAACGGGUCCUAUGAAGCACUGUCGGGGGGCAACACCGUGGAGGGCUUUGAGGACUUCACGGGGGGCGUGACCUAUAGCCUCCAACUCCAGAAGCCCCCUCGGAACCUGCUGAGGAUGCUUAGGAAGGCCGUCGGGCGAUCCUCCCUCAUGGGCUGCUCCAUCGAAGUCACCAGCGAUACCGAGUUGGAGACCUUGACCCAGAAGAUGCUGGUGAGGGGGCAUGCUUACUCCGUGACCGGCCUCCAGGACGUCUCGUACCAAGGCAGGACAGAGACCCUGAUUCGGGUCCGGAAUCCCUGGGGCCGGAUCGAGUGGAACGGAGCCUGGAGUGACAACGCCAGGGAGUGGGAAAACGUGGCACCCGACGUCCAGAAGCAGCUCCUGCUCAGGAAGGAGGACGGGGAGUUCUGGAUGUCCUACGAGGACUUCCUGGACAACUUCACGCUGCUGGAGAUCUGCAACCUGACGCCCGAUGCCCUCGCUGGGGACCACAAGAGCUACUGGCACCCCACCUUCUAUGAGGGCAGCUGGAGGCGUGGCAGCAGUGCGGGGGGCUGCAGGAGCCACCUUGACACGUUCUGGAGCAACCCCCAGUUUAGGAUCUCUCUCCCCGAGGAGGACGACGACGAUGACCCAGAGGACGACCAAGCCGUCUGCACCUGCCUGGUGGCCCUGAUGCAGAAGAACUGGCGACGGGCGCGGCCCCAAGGAGCCCAGCUGCAGACCAUUGGCUUUGUCAUCUACAUGGUCCCAAAAGAGUUUCAGAACAUCCAGGAUAUUCGCUUGAAGAAGGACUUCUUCAUAAAGUAUCAGGACCAUGGCUUCUCAGAGAUCUUUACUAACUCACGUGAGGUGAGCAGCCAUCUCCGGCUGCCUCCGGGGGAAUAUGUCAUCAUUCCCUCCACCUUUGAGCCACACAGGGAUGCUGACUUCCUGCUUCGGGUCUUCACAGAGAAGCACAGCGAGUCCUGGGAACUGGAUGAAGCCAACUAUGCUGAGCUACUCCAAGAGGAGAAAUUCUCUGAGAAGGACAUAGAUCAGGACUUCAUACACUUGUUUGAGAUAGUGGCAGGAGGAGAGGGCAAGGAGAUCGGCAUGUAUGAGCUACAGAAGUUGCUCAACAAGGUGGUCACCAAACUCAGAAACUUCAGGACCACGGGCUUCGGCCUAGACGUGUGCCGCUGUAUGGUCAACCUCAUGGAUAAAGAUGGCUCUGGCAAGCUGGGGCUUCACGAGUUCCAGAUCCUGUGGAAAAAAAUCAAGAAAUGGACGGACAUCUUCCGAGAGUGUGACGAGGACCACUCAGGCAGCUUGAACUCCUAUGAGAUGCGCUUGGCAAUCGAAAAAGCAGGCAUCAAGCUGAAUAACAAGGUGUCGCAGGUGCUGGUGGCCAGGUACGCAAACGACGACAUGAUCGUGGAUUUUGACAGCUUCAUCAGCUGCUUCCUGAGGCUGAAGGCCAUGUUCACUUACUUUCUGUCCAUGGACCCCAAGAAUACUGGCUAUAUUCACCUGAAUCUGAACCAGUGGCUGCAGACAACCAUGUGGGGAUAGAGGAGCUCCAGGAGCCUGGCUCCCAUCACCACCACCACCAGUGUGGGGCUUCUGGCCCCAGAGCAGGGCCUUCCUUGCUGUGCUCGCCUCUGCAGUCUCUGCUGAUGGAAUGGGCUCCAGCUAGAAGCACCCGGGCCCCGGAUGCUGAGCUUCGUCCA